UGCGGAGGAUAGUGGUAAUGGGGAAUUACUUUAUAUCGGCGAUAGUGAUGAUCCAGAUUUAAGUGCUAUGGUUAAUCGGUACUUGCCGCUCAAGGUACGAAGGCUUCGAAACGCUAGACUCUAACUUGACUUCCUGCUUAGCGCAUAAGUACAUACUACCUGAAUCAAAUAUUCUAAUAAAAUGUAAUAUCUACCGUACUGUGUUAUUUAUUUUACUCAUUACACGAAAAUAUCUAUAAAUAUUUACGGGAUUGUGAAAGAACGUAGUUCAAACAUCGAAUAAUAAAGUAUUUGAGUAAGAAAGAGUUUGGUUAAUCUUACGCUCUAUUAUAUUAUCAUUCGUGAUGAUGGCAAGUUACCACGCACAAUUUGCCCUGGCUGCAAUAUUCAACUGGAAGCAACGAUACAAUUUUUUGAAUUAUUGGUGGACGGCCAAAAGAAAAUUCGUGAGAUGUACAAGCAUCAGGUAGAACAGCAGCGUAAAGCUGGGCGUGAGCGGGUUCGUGCAGAAAGGGAUAAUACAGAAAUCGGAGCAGAAACGUCGGAAUCAGACAAUGUCUCACGCUGCAACGAGGAUGACCAGUUAGAACAACAAAUUAUAAUAAAAAUGAUGCCAGAUGGUUCUAUGUAUGCAGCGGAACAUGAAAUGAGUUUGCAAAUGGAGGGAUUAAGCAAGCCAAAACGAAAAAGAGGACGUCCACCAAAAACUCAAGCUGAAAACAGAUUCAUUGAAUUAACAAAAGAAGUUUUAGAAGGAGCUAGUCAAGAAGAAGAGGAUAAACAGGAAGAUGAUGUAGAAGACUUAGACCGAGAUGGAAGACGUCGCAGAAAGCGGAAAGUCCCUAAAAGAUACAUGGAAGCAGUUCAAGGGAAAGAAUUAGAAAGAAUAUAUAAGGAAGAAGGGGUAAUCGAUGAAGAAGAUGACGAACCUGAUAAUGUCGAAGACUGUGAAGAGCAAUUAAACAUGUCUGUUCCUGAUAGUCAAGAAGAAAUAAUCGGCCACUUGGAAUCUGAGGAAGGAAAAGAUCUCGGGGAAUUAGUGGUAGUCAAUCGCGGUAGAGGACGUGGUCGACCGAAAUUACGACGUAGGAGACACAGGUAUACAUGUCAGUUAUGUGGUCGAGGAUUUCUUCAACGAAACAGAUAUUCUAUACACAAGAGUUUCCACAAGGGCAUAAAGUACGAGUGUUUUGAAUGUAAAAAAUUGUUUACGAGUAAGGAGAAUUUGGAAUUGCAUCAGAAAAGUGUUCAUCAUAGCGGAGACGAUGCAAAUAAAGAUGUGAAUAAUACUGUCCAAGAUUCAAGCACGAACCCAAAACGUCACUUGUCCGAAGAUAAUAAUAUGCCUGACGUGCUUGAUCAAACUUUGAACGAAGAACAACAUACAAAUAAAUUUUCAAAUAAUAUAGAUGACUCUGAAAAGAAUAUUUCAUGUGAGCAAGGCGAGAAAUCGUUUGAAACGAAAGAAGCUAACGAUUUACAUUUAAAGGUGGCACAAGAACAAGAUAAAUCGUUUGUUUGCACAAUUUGUAAUAAAAGUUUCAGUCAGCAAGCGGCUUUGAAAAAUCACAUAUCUGUGCACGAGAAAAACAAGUUGGAAAAAGAAUAUCCGUGCGAUAUUUGUGGAAAGAUACUUAAUCAUCCUAGCUCUGUAGUAUAUCAUAAAGAAGCGGAACACAACAAUGGUCGCCGAUUCGUUUGCAAUAAAUGUGGGAAAAGUUUUAAGCACAAGCAAUUGUUACAACGUCAUCAACUUGUCCAUUCUGAUGAUCGGCCUUACAUUUGCAAAUCGUGCAAUGCCAGCUUCAAAACGAAAGCGAAUUUAAUUAAUCAUCAGUCUACACAUACCGGGGAAAAGAAAUAUUUUUGCGAGAUCUGUGGACAACAGUUCGCGCAUAAAACUAGUCUCACUCUGCAUUACAGAUGGCACACAGGUCAUAAGCCGUACACUUGCGAGGUGUGUCACAAAAGUUUCUCGCAAAAUGGAAACUUGCAAGAACAUAUGCGAAUACAUACGGGCGAGAAACCUUACUGCUGCGAUUACUGUGGAAGAAAGUUUACUACAUCUUCGCAGUUUAAACUUCACGUUAAAAGGCACACCGGCGAGCGUCCAUGGAAAUGCGAGUUUUGUGCAAAGUGCUUUUUGCACAAGGAUACCUGGAAAUGCCAUGUGCGUAGACACAAAGGCGAACGCCCUUUUCAAUGUGCUCAUUGCAAUCGAGGUUUCACUGAGCAAUGGGCUUUGAAGAAACAUCUUCGCUUGCACACUGGUGAGAAGCCUUACUCAUGCGAUAUUUGUGGAAAAGCGUUUGCAGAUUGCUCAAAUUUAACAAAGCACAAAAAGGUACACAGAGAAAUUAGGCUCUCAGCGAUAAAUGAGAUGGAAGAAACCCCGAUUGGAGAAGUUUGGCAAAUUCUGCCAAGCUCCCAAGAAUCUGAUGAACAUUCGUUAAGCGACCAAAUGGCUCAGGUCAUUGCAACAGAUGAUGCUUCUGGGGAUGGUAUUCAGCAAAUUAUAUACGUUUCAUACCAAGAUCCAGACGACCCUAAUCAAUCUCGUACAUUGCAUUUUGUUGAUGCGAGAAUGAUAAGGGAAAAAGAAGAAAAAUCUAAUACAGAUCAAUCUUUGUCAACAUUGAACGUUAGUAAUGAUGCGAUUCUUCCCAGUUCCGUGCACGCUAAUACAAAUAGUAAUUCGAACGAACGUAUAAACGUUGAACUUUCAGAAUCCGAUCUUCAACUUCAGAUCACAGAUGAGGAAGGGAAUCCAAUUCCUCUUUCCAUUCAAGAAGCACGACAACUUUUAUCCCAGAGCCAAUUUGUUAAUCAACUUGGUGGCGGUCAAGAGAUUAGAGUUCACUCAGGAGUCAUUCCUGAUGAAUUAGCAACACCGUUGACAGUACAUGUUAAUCAAAAUUCUGAUAUUAAACACAUUCCUAAUCCAGAAACAAAAGUGAAAAAUAUCUCGACUGUCCAAACAGAUGCAGAAGCGAUAGUGAAGGCCCUGGAGGACGAAGAUACGGAUGCGAAUGCUGUUGCAACAAUUAACCAAAUGAGCGAGUCAGGACAAUCCGCGAUCGCUGAAAAUGAACAAGCAAUAGAAUUUACGACUCAGGAUGGUCACAAGGUUCGUUUAGUUACUUCUUAUCACGUUGAUCCAAUGCAACUUACAUCGGAGUACCUGACUAUUGUAUAAAUUUGGAACAUUAUGCUGUAUAUGUAAGACAUUUAUUCAAUCUUGGGCGUUGUAUUAAUUAUCCAAAAGUAAAAAUAUCGUUCUAAGUUGAUUAUCCAAUUUCGUUUUUAAAAGAUAAUUAAAUUCAUCAAAAUGAUUCUUACACUAUACAUUGUAACUUCGUUAAAAAUAGGAAUAAUAAUUACGUAUUCGUACGCAGUAUGAACUUAAACGUGUAGAGGAGGUAUAAUAUGUGUAAUAAAACUGAAAACCUAUGUUCAAUUAA